CCAACGAGAGCCAUUCGUCUGCCCCAGGCGCGUACGAUGGCCACUUCGACGCUUCCCUCGCACUCAUCGUCGACUAGGGGAGUCAAAAAUCUAGCUAGCUAGCAUCUGCGCCGAGCCGAUCGAGCACGCAAGCGAGAGGCCACGUCCGUGCACAGGCCUCCUCCCAGGCGCCAUGCUCCGCCUGCUCCCGCUCUCCCUCUCCGCCCAGUGCCGGAGCGGCGGCCCGCCGUCGCACCGCUGCUUCGUCGACGGCGGCUCGCCGUCCCAGAGAGCCGGGCCAGGGCUCCUCGCGAACAAAGGAGUUCGCGUUCGAGUCCGGAGGCGAGCGCUCCGCGGGGCAGACGUCCAGCCGGACACCCCGCCAUCGCGCAGGGACGGGGAUAAGCCGCUGCACGCGGAUGCCGAACAGGGGGAGGGCAGCGGCGUGGAGCUGCUGGACUCGAUAAAGAAGCUGCUGCUGGAGGACGCCGAGCCCGGGGAGGAGGAGCAGGGGCAGUUCCCCAAGCGCUGGGCCAUUGUCUUCCUCUGCUUCUCCGCCUUCCUCCUCUGCAACAUGGACCGCGUAAACAUGAGCAUUGCCAUCAUGCCCAUGUCCGCGGAGUACGGCUGGAACCCGCAAACCGUCGGCCUCAUCCAGUCGUCCUUCUUUUGGGGCUACCUCCUAACUCAGAUAGCAGGAGGGAUAUGGGCAGACAAAGUUGGGGGGAAGACUGUUCUUGGUUUCGGGGUGAUUUGGUGGUCAGUCGCCACAGCUCUUACGCCUGUGGCGGCAAAGCUAGGCUUGCCAUUUCUCCUUGUUGUGCGUGCUUUUAUGGGAAUUGGAGAGGGGGUUGCCAUGCCUGCAAUGAAUAAUAUACUUUCAAAAUGGGUUCCUGUAUCAGAGAGGAGCAGAUCAUUGGCUCUUGUAUAUAGUGGGAUGUACCUAGGGUCAGUGACAGGACUCGCAUUUUCGCCAUUCCUGAUAUACAAGUUUGGGUGGCCAUCAGUCUUCUAUUCCUUCGGCUCUCUCGGGACUGUCUGGUUCGCGACAUGGGCGGCCAAGGCUUAUAGUACUCCACUUGAGGAUCCGGGGAUUAGUGCUGAAGAAAAGAAGCUUAUCAUUAGUGAAACCACAUCAGGAGAGCCUGUUACAACAAUUCCAUGGGGAGUAAUAUUGUCAAAACCGCCUGUUUGGGCACUUAUAGCUUGCCACUUUUGCCAUAACUGGGGAACUUUUAUCUUGCUCACAUGGAUGCCUACGUACUACAACCAGGUUUUGAAAUUCAACCUCACGGAGUCCAGCCUUUUCUGCGUCCUUCCCUGGCUAACAAUGGCGAUUUCUGCAAAUGUUGGUGGUUGGAUUGCAGACACACUUGUUAGUAGAGGAACAUCAGUGACAACGGUUCGCAAGAUCAUGCAAUCAAUUGGUUUCUUAGGGCCAGCCUUUUUUCUCAGUCAACUGAGCCAUAUCGAUUCACCAGCACUGGCAGUUUUGUGCAUGGCUUGUAGCCAGGGAAGUGAUGCAUUUUCUCAGUCUGGUCUAUACUCCAAUCAUCAAGAUAUCGGUCCUCGAUACGCCGGUGUACUACUUGGUCUCUCCAACACAGCUGGGGUUCUAGCUGGUGUAUUUGGCACAGCAGCAACUGGAUACAUCUUGCAGCACGGUUCUUGGGACGAUGUCUUCAAAUUGUCUGUAACUCUUUAUCUUGUUGGAACUGUGAUAUGGAAUUUAUUUUCAACGGGCGAGAAAAUCAUUGAUUGAUAUGUAUAGCCCGCUUCUGGUUAACGACUCAUCCCUGCUAGUAGUAGAUACUGCCCUGGGUGGACACAAUUCAUUCUGCAUGCACUGCUCCAACUCCUGGGAGGAAAGAAAGAAGCAAACAACAGACUGCCAGAUCUAAUAUGUACCAGCAAGCAACAGCUGCACAUAAUUCAGGAUCUUAAUUUUGAAACGGAGCAUGAAUUGAGCACAGGAACGCGCAGCGGCCGGUUGUAUAGGGAUGUGUAGUGUGCGAGUGAUUAUAGGUAUCCUGUACAUAUUCUGUCAUACACGCAUAGUGUUUUUGACCUGUAAGCCUCUUUUCUUUUUCUUUUUGGAAUAACUCACUUCUGUGACAUAUCAUCAUAGUCUAGUUUUGUUUCCUGAUUAUUUCAGGAUCAUAAACAUGGAUGCACUGAACAUUUGAUGAGUAUUUAACACUCACUUUGAUCUAUACAACUUUUGUAGCAUGUAUGUUUAAAUGAGGAA